UGUUUACGUUUGGGAGGACUUUAAAAAGUUUUGGAGCUUAUUUUAAGAUUCAUUAAACAUAAUCCUAGUAAAUAGUAAUCACUCUCACCAGAACUUGCUGAGAGUAAUUUUGAAUCACGCGCCACUACCGUUAGCGACAGUAGCGCCAUCGGCGAGGCGGGAAUGGAAGGCGGGAGAACCGCGAGCGUACAAAGCAACAACAUAACCUCAAAGACAAUCGCGAAUCGCCGGCUGCCAGAACAAUAAUAAUCUCGCGAUUACAAAAUCUGUGAUUACAAAGAUGUGUUAUGAUUGUGUGUUAUGAUGUGUUGUGAUUACAAAGAUUAAUAAAUUUGUGUGUUGAAUGUGUUGGGGUGUCCUGCCCGAGACAUGUCCGGAAGAAGUGAAAAAAUCCUGCGUGCCGCUCUUGGGGAGCGGUACAUAACUCCGCAAAAGCGCAUCCUCAAAGCCACGGAGGAGAACACCGAAGUUGUUCCAGCAAAGAAAAGCCCGCCGAGACCGGCCGACAUCGCUCACGCAGUUUCAAGGCAUAUUUUGAGUGAUGUAACUAACAACAAUUUAGAACCGAUUAAUAAAUUCUGUAAUGCGCCACUGCCACAAGGGGUCAAUAAAUUCUGUAAUGCGCCACUGCCACAAGGAGUCAAUAAAUUCUGUAAUGCGCCACUGCCACAAGGAGUCAAUCAUUUACCAUCACCAGGCAAUGGGGGAAAUAGCAAUUCCAAUUUAAGGCAGGAACAUGAGACAUCGCAGAGUGCAAGGAAGGAAUUGUUCAGUGAUCCAUAUCUUUAUCCAGAUGACAGUAGUAGUAACAUCUCGCAGCCGAUCCCAUACGUGAGCAGACUGUCGGAAUUAGAAGUGGAGAUAAUUGACGAAAACGGCGUUGAUUAUCAAAUCCAAUCUCAAGAGAACGCAGAAAAUGAAAUAGCAAACACCAAUGGGAUUGCGGUUGAUAGCACUGACUUGUCAAAUGACAGUCUCAGUAUGAAGGUAGAUGCUUUAGCUGAGGCCAGGGACCUCAUUAAAUACAUAAACAAUAAAGAAAUGAGUCAAAUGGCCGCUAUUUUUGAUGAGAGUAGAAAAUUUUCCGAUGAGGAUCUAGAGGAUUUGCAGAAUAAGCAGAAUAAGCUUGAUGGACUUCUCGAUAUUCUUCUCACAAAAGAAGAACAAGAAAAUUGCGAGUCUGUGGUGAAGGCUAUCGUAGACAAUGUACCAAAACUUUCAACAGAUAAUAGCCGCCCAUUUGCUCAAUUUCAUAACGAUCGUAAUUAUGAGGAAGUUGCUGUGGAAGUGGACCAAUCUGAUGUGAUAGAUCCUGUGUGGAAUAUCCUGCCUCAAGAUCAGCUCAAUA